CCUCGAUGUACGCCAGAGCACGAGUCAAAUGUGUUAUCGAGUUUAUUGAAAAUAUAUCACAAUGAGUAUAAUUAACCAACUACUGGCUACAGCAAUAAUAAGUUACGUAUGUACGACCUUGGGCCUACUAUACACACUCCCGUCUUCUACAAUCAAGCUCUUCGGUUCAGAAAAUACACCAUUAAAUCGAAUUAUGACAAAAACUGAAAUUUCAGUUAUGGGAAGUAUUUCGUCUGCUAGCACGCUUAUAAUAACUCCAUUUUGUGGUUAUCUUUUGGACCAAUUUGGAAGGAAGCGUUCCUUAAUUAUUUUCUUUUUGCCACAAUUGCUGGCUUGGAUAUUAUUGGUUUUAAUGAAAAGAGUUGAAGCGUUUAUUUGUGCGAUGUUCCUCUGCGGUCUUAGUGGCAGUAUAUUUCCUAUCGUUCCGGUCUACAUCAAUGAGUUUUGUGAACCAUCCAUCAGAGGAGCCCUCAGUUCCAGUGGUGUAAUCUUCCAUGGAUUAGGAAUGUUAUUAUCAUAUUGGAUAGGUGGUACACAAGAGUAUACUAUAAUCAACUAUAUAGGACUGAGUUUGGCGGUCAUUGGUAUGAUAUUGCUCUUGUUCUUAAAAGAAUCACCCUUGUAUUUGAUGAAGAAGGGCUUGGAAAAAGAAGCUGCUAAAACCAUCACCUAUUAUAAAGGACUUAACCUUGAUUGUAAAGAAAUAGAAACUCAAUUAGAGAACUUAAGACAAGUUAUAAUAGCAAGUGACAUGAAAAUAAAUGACAUUCCAGAAAAGGACAGCUUAAAGACAGACACAAAAGCACCCCAGAAAAAUGUAUCAAUAUUAAAAUUUUUAAGGAAUUCGCCUUCUACUCGUCGAGCAUUUAUCGUACUAUUCAUUCUUUUUACCACAUCUAUAUUUCAAGGCUUGGUUGUGGUGCAAAUAAACGCAGAACCACUAUUUGCGACUGCAGUUCCGAGCAUGUCAUCAACUUUAUCGUCUAUUAUAUUUGCCUUGACAAUCAUAAUAUCUGGCUUCGUUGAAGCCGUCUUAGUCGAAGCAAUUGGCCGAAGAGUGUUAUUAAUAGGCUCUUCACUGGUCACUGGUCUGAUGUGUCUAAUUUUAGGGACGCAAAUACAAUUUCAGUGGGGUCCAGGCUGGUUGACAGCAGGUUUCAUUUAUAUUUAUUCCAUGACUUAUACUUUUGGCGCUGGUUCUGUGCCAUACGUUUUAACGGGAGAGAUAUUUCUUCCUGAGAUCAAAAGUUUUGCCACCACCUUUAUUUUUGAGUGGUCUUAUUUUUGUACCUUUGUAAUACUUUUUAUGUUUAAUCCACUCUUCAACGCUUUUGGUCUGGGACCAAUCUUUUUUAUUUUUGCCGGUUGUUCUGUCUUCACGGCGGUAUUCGCCUUCAUUUAUCUUCCAGAAACAAAAAACUUGUCAGUAGAUGUAAUUCAACUAAAAUUUUUGGAAAAAAAAUUUUUUUAAGUAGUAUCGUGUGAAUUAAAAUUAUAUAAUGUGUGACGA